UUGAAAACAUGUCCUCCUCAGAUACGACAGCAAAGUUCUCAUUUUUUGAGAGGGAUUCAGCAGCUUAUACAGAAAGAAUGGAUCAACAUGUUCAAUGAGCAUGAAUUCCAGCUUUCAAUAUCAGGUUCACUGGACAACUUGGAUGUUGAUGACCUACGGACACAUACUACUUAUUCAAGUGGUUAUCAUAGGGAGCAUUAUGUCAUUGAGAUGUUUUGGGAAGUUAUCAAAAGUUUCUCAAUGGAAAACCAAAAGAAAUUUCUGAAGUUUGUAACUGGUUACUCUCGAGGACCACUUCGUAUCCUCAUUAUUCUUAAUUAUUUGUUUUGGUUUCCCUUAAGGGGAUAAGUUGGUUCCUUCUAGAGCUUAAACUAAUUUAUCCUGCUAGCAAAAAUCAUGUGAAAAAGUAACUCAGUAUGAGACAAGGUACAUUUCUGACUAGUACUUUAUUGUGCAGAGACUGGCAGAUGGUUUAAGUAGCUUUAA